UCGGAAAUUUAAUAAUUAUACAGUAAUAAUAUCACUAAUAUCUAUAUUAAUUUCAACUUUCUUUUAAGAAUGUAAGACGAACCUUUUUCAACUUUGAGAGUGGAAGAUCAGUGAUCACCAAUGAGUUUUGUACUUAGCAGAAGUUUUCUUGAAUAGGAUUGCAAAAUGCAUAAACCGGACGGGGAGGAUGGAUUUCAAAAUAUUUCUCAGAAAUUUUUGAUGCUUCUGUCGAACUACGGAUGGUUUAUUGUGGGAGCCAUCGCUGUUUAUAUCAUGUUUUGGGAUAGGCUGGUUCAGUACUGGAGAAAUUCGUUGAAGCAAGAUGAUGACAUCGGUUGGGGAAUGAAAAAUGAAGAAGGUCUUCAGGAAGCACGGAAAAAGAUGCAAGAGCGGAUAGACGUGCUCGCACAGGAACACGCAGAGCAAAUGAAACAGAUGGAGGCCGAAAAACGACAGCAACGUCUUGAAGAACUGGAAGAGAAAGCGCCUUCCCAUGGCCAUGGUCACCGGCUGGGUGACGGAAAAGCAGCUAAUCCACCGGUUACGAGAAGGACCACUUCCGGUCGCGCUCGACUGCGAGACGACACGUACAAUCCUCUAUCUGGCUCCGGAGGAGGGGGCGGUUUUCGUUCAUCCCGCAACUGUGGCCCUCGCGGUGGAUGAGGUUAAGGAUCCCAAGCCCCGUCUGGGGACUUGGAUUGGGGAAGUGUCGCUUAUACCCACGGCCGUUCUACAAUGAAGUGAUUCUGCGAAAAGGUCUAAUGCCGGGAGAUUCACUGAUGAUGAGCGGAAACUGGGCGUAGUGUGGCUUUCCAAAGACAACUGAUCUUGUCUUUCAUGGAAGUUCGGCUUAAGAUCAAAAUAGAGAAUUGUGUGGUUUGCGAAAAUGGCUACGUAAGCAGUAUAAAUGAUUUUACACUAUUUUAGCAGAUUUCAAGUUGUUUCGGCACAUAAUUCGCUUUCGUGCGCAGCUGCUAGUGCUACCACUGCGGUUAUUAAACUUUGUCUUUUUUCACGUUUUGCUGAGGGUAUCUGACAAAGGUGUAAAUGCAGCGUUGUAAUUAACGUAUAAACCUUGCAAGUGAUUA